AUGGCACCAAAAGGGCACCGGCCUGGUUCAAGCAGCAUGUUUGCCCAGACCACUGAGCCCAUACCCUUGCCUGCUCGCUUCGCUCGGAUCAAGAAGGAUCUAAUCGAGGGCAAACAAGACCAGAUCAAAGCCUCGUGGACAAGAUUACUGGUGAAGCUGAAGGCUGAAAUUGAUCUCAUUGACAAGACGGGGCCUGAUAUUUACCCUUCUAUCGAUUUUAUCGACCUCAAGAAUCCCUCGGUGACGAAUGCAUUCGCUUCCGGGCUCAAGGACCGCGGGGUCGCAGUGGUUCGAAAGGUGAUACCCCAUGAUCUGGCUACGCAAUGGAAGACGGAAACGGAGACACACUUGGAGCACCCUCGAGCUCGACGGCUUCCGACUCAUGAUCCCCAUCUUUAUGGCGUGUAUUGGUCUCCUGGGCAGAUCAAAGCUCGAGCACACGAAAACAUCAUAUAUACUCAACGGUUCUUAAUGAACCUAUGGCACUCUUCCGACCCAAAAGCACUUGUGAGCCCCAACUUUCCUGUCAGCUAUGCCGAUCGAAUGAGGAUCAGAAACCCUGGAGAUGAAGCUUGUUCCCUUAGCGUUUACGUCGAUGGUGGAAGUGUCGAGCGUUGGGAACCAGAUGGCUACGGUUCCGCAGCAACUUACCAGCCCAUUUUUGAUGGUCACUGGGAAGAUUGGGAACCGUGGGAGAGCAGCACUCGACUAAAAGUGACGAGUGAUUUAUACAAUGGUGAUGGGUCAUGCAGCAUGUUUCGCAUGCUUCAGGGCUGGGUUGCUUUGAGUGAUGUUCCUUUUGGCCAAGGUACCCUUCUCUUGUGUCCGAUGAUUCGACUUACGACUGCAUACCUUCUUCUCCGGCCGUUCUUUAUUCCCAAAGACUCUUCGCUCUCAGGUCUAGAUUUUCUUUCACCAGAUAACUGGAUUCUCGAAGAACCCCCGUCAUCCGUGAUUCAAGGUGCAUUGCCGUCCUAUCCACAAGAGCUCAACGACGCUUUACAUCCUCAUCUCCAACUCAAUCGCAGCAUGAUACCAAUACCAAAGCUUGAACCUGGAGACUACCUCGUUUGGCAUCCCGAUGCUGUAUAUGCUCUUGACCGUCGUCACCGUCCAAAUACACCGCCCACAACAAUUGUAUAUCUUCCAGCUUGUCCUUUGACUCAGACGAAUGCUCUCUACUUGGCCCACCAACGCAAAGGAUUCCUGCAAGGUGAACCAGGGCCUGACUUUACCGGAGCUCUUACUGGUGACAUAACCAUAGGAGGGGAGCAGGCUGUUCGGGAAGUUGGUGAAGCAGGUGGCGUAGACGGUAUGAGGGCGAUGGGGAUUUUGCCAUGGGACGAAGAUGAGGCUCAGGACGAUAUUGAAUACGCUGUGCUAGAGAUGGCCAAUGGUGUUUUGUUUCCGGAAAGAUAUGACGUGGUGUACUGA